AUGCAAGUGACACCCGAUCGCUCUGGGGGUGUUUUCGGCGGAGGAUGGAGAAGCCCCACACCCUCUCUCUUCGCUGAAUUGGCGCGGGGCGAGCGGCAGCUAUGGCGCAUGUUUUGUACGAACGAAUAUCUCCGGCUAGAUGUGACUGAUCAAGCGAAUCACCAGCUUCCCUGCUCGACUUGGUGUCUUUUGAUUGCACCUUCCCAGCCGCCGCAAUUAUUUCCCUGCUUGCAGGUGCGAGGUAACUCAAUACGGUCCUUCUACACUUCAGGACAGUCAGAAUUUGGGUCUGGAAAACAGCAAUCGCCUCUGCUCUUAGUUGAAUCUUUUUUUACAGAACAAGGAGGAUCUGAUGCAGUAGAUCGCAACGAAAUGGCGGUUCCUGUCGCGCUCGCGUUGUCGGCGCGUCUUCUCGAUUCGAAGCUUCCACCAACCAGCGAGUCGAUGCGACGACCGCUGCAGAAAUGCGUUGGCAAUGCAUAUCACGACCAUCACGAUGAAACGUUUACGAAGAUUCUCAAACUUCCAACUCUGCCAUCCUCCAUUCUCGAGGAAGCGCUCCCUAAUUACAACGAAUGCAUAAAUGAUUGCCCACCAGACUACACAAAUAGCGAUGCACUUGCGAUACUGAACCUCGAUCCACCUGCUUAUGCGCCAUCGCCCUCUGCUCCGAGAUGUUGCUCUCAAGAACGCAAAGAAAAGUCACGCUGCUCGACUGAACCGAAGGUCGACUUUGGAUACCGCGAGAACUUGCGCGAGCACAAGAAGAAGAAAAAGGGCGCUGCAGCAAAGAACAAGUGGGACAGCGACAACGAAGAAGAAAAGAAGCCCGAAGGCGACAACAAUGGUGACCAGCCAGGCGAUGCUGGUGGCAGUGGAGGAGCAGACGGUGCUGGUGGAGAGGGAGGAGGAGGCAAUGAUGAUGAUGACUGGGAUGAUGGCAAGAAGAAGGGCAAAAAGGACAAGAAGAAAAGCGGUUUCAGCUGGGAUGCUCUAGAGGAUGAGGACAACAAAGAUGAGGAAGAGAAGACGAACGAUCCACCGCUUGUCGAGGAAGCUCCCGCAGAAGAAGAUGAUUGGGCAGGCUUCACGACUGCAUCCAGCAAGAAGAAGAAAAAGAAGGGCAAGAACGCCGAUCCUGAGCCUCCACCCGACGAUUUUAAGCCCGACGAUGGUCCACCAAAGGUUGAUGUCGACUUUGGUAAUAGCAACACGUUCAGCUUCGGCAGUAAUGGAGCUUGGGGAACCAAACCGACAGAGGAUGAUGGGUGGGCUACCUUUGGCGGCAGCAAGAAGGACAAGAAAAAGAAAACGAAUGCCUUCAAUUUUGGUUUCGGGGAUGCGGAUGAUGGAGCAAUGCCUGGAGAAUCCGCGCCUCCGCCAGCAGAGGAAGAGGCAAAGGCAGACGACAACCCCUGGGCUGCAUUUGGUUCGGGGAAGAAGAAGAACAAAGGUGGUGCUGUUGAAGAACAUCCACUGCCGUCUCCUGAACCCGAGCCGGAGGCCGUUGUCGUUCAGAGCCCAGAUGAGCCUGCUGACGACUUCUCUUGGGCUAUGAGCUCCAAAGACAAAAAGAAGGCGAAAAAAGCCGCCAAAGCCGCCGCGCUUGCUGCCCCUGAGCCUGAACCAGAACCUAUCGCUGUUGUCGAAGAGCCACCUCCCGAACCUGAAGCCGCUCCCGCAGAGCCUGAACCAGCUCCAGUGGAUGACUUUACCUGGGGUAUGAGUGCAAAGGACAAAAAGAAGGCAAAAAAAGCUGCGAAGAAGGCAGGAAAUGCUUUUGAGUCUAUCGCUGAACCCGAACCACCAACUCCUGCUGCUGAGCCUGAACCCGAGCCACCCGUUGUUGCAGUUGUUGAAGAACCUGCUCCAUCAGCUGCUGAACCCGAAGCCGUGGAUGACUUCUCUUGGGCAAUGAGCUCAAAGGACAAAAAGAAGGCAAAGAAGGCAGCCAAGAAGAGCGCUUUCGACUGGUCGGAACCCGACCCUCCUGCUGCGCCGGAUCCGCCUCCCGUUGAACAAGCACCACCCAAUCCUGACGAGUCCACCGCCCUUGCUAUUCCAGAGCCUCCGCAAGACGACUGGUUUGGCUGGGGCACUGCGGGCAAGAAGAAGGGCAAGAAAGGCGCUGAGGAGAUUCCACCAGAGGUUCCCCCACCUCCACCUGCUGCUCCCAAGCCUGCUGUUGAGGAGAGCAGUAGUUCAUGGUCAUUUGGUUGGGGUUCAUCUUCAAAAAAGGACAAGAAGAAGAGCAAGUCUCCUGAACCCGAGCCAAUUACUGUACCCGAGCCCGUGCUUGAGGAUCCGGUUGUCAUGGUCCCCGAAUCUAUCGACGAGCCUAAAGCAGAAGAAGAUGACUGGGCAGGCUGGGCUACUGGCAAGAAGUCAAAGAAGAAGGGGAGUAAGAACGCGCCUGUAGAGAUUGUGGAACAUGUAUACGAUGUUCCUGUCCAGCAACCCGAUCCUGCACCUGCCGAAGAAGAUGCAUGGGCUGGGUGGAGUGUCGGUAAGAAGGAGAAGAAGAAAGGUAAGAAGGCUGGUGAGAUUCCUCCACCCUCCUUGCCUGCAAUCGAACCACCACCUGUUGAAGUGGUCGAGCCGGAAGUAGAAGUACCUGUGCCUCCACCCGAAGCAGAAGCUCCUGUCGAACAACCCCUUGCGGAUGAUCCUUGGGCUUCAUUUUCGACCAAGAAGAGUAAGAAAGACAAGAAAAAGAAGGGCUCAAGCACUGAAGAAAUGGAGCCGGUGGUUGAAGUACCGCCUCCGCCCUCUGAGCCCGAACCCCAACAAAUUGUCGACUUACAAGAGCCUGAAACCGAGCCAGAACCUAUUGCUGUACUUGAGUCUCCACCUGCUGAGCCUGUCAAAGAGGUCAAGAAGAAAGAAGUCAAGACCUCCUCCGGCUGGGGUAGCAGUCUGUGGGGCAGUUCAAGCAAGUCCAAGUCUUCGUCCAAGGACAAAGAGAAGGAGAAAGAGAAAGAGAGAGCAAAGAAGGAGAAGGAGGAGAAGGAACGUCAAGAACGGGAAGCAGAAGAACAGCGCAAAGCGGACGAGGAAGCAGCAUUCGCAGCAGCUCUCGCCGAUGAGCCAGUUGACCUACUCCCCAAGCCUGCACCUGUGGCUGAGCAAUCUGCUACUACAGGUUACUGGGGUACGUUUUUGAAGCCGACCGCCGUGAGCAAGACCGUCGAGGAACCUAUUGUACCUAAAGGCAAGGUCGAUACUGGUGCCAAGGAGUCCGUCAAGGACAGAAUCAAGCGAUUGCAAGGUGAGACUACCAAAGAUCAAGUGGUUGUUGUACCACCUGCCCCUCCUGCACCCGAGCCGCUCCCAGAAACCGACGUUGUCGUGGUGCCCGAACCAGAGGUCAUCAUUGUGCCUGAACCACCCGUGGUCGAAGAGGCAUUAGCCAAGAAAUCGCCAAAGGACAAAAAGAAGAAGAAAGGUAGGGAGAAAGAGCCAUCGCCUCCACCUCCACCAGCUACUAUUGAGAUCCCGCCACCUGUUGCUGAAGUACCUCCUUCCCUGAGUCCUAUUCCGGGCGGCUUCCCUGAGGAUGACGUCGAAAGCGAUGUGUUGGCCGAUGUACCUGCUGUGCCACCACCCAUCGUCGCUAAUACCUCGGCCGAUGCACCUGUCGAGCCACCUCCUCUUGAUGCAGUAAAACCGUCUGAAGUGAUGCCCAAGCCCUCUUCCGACAAGAAGCCGGUCAAAGACAAAGGGAUAUCUGCCAGAAAGGAAGCUAAGAGAAUUACGAAAUCCUCGCGCCCGGCUGUUGUUGAUCUUUCAGCGCCGAGUACACCUGCUGCCGAGAGCAAGUCUGUCAAGAAAGAACGACCAAAGGUUGUCCGCGACCCGACGGGAAGUUCACAUUGGGGUCUGUGGGGAACAACAUCCAAGGCUGAGGCGAAGAAGGAACGCAGGCCGAGCAAAGACACGACAACUCCCACCAUCAAGCGAUCUGCUGCUCCUGCACUGACGCGGUCAAAAUCAGCACGAAAACCUAACGAACGCGAUUUUUUGGACAAGGCCGACAAGACUUCCAGUGACGAUAAACAAUCAAGAAAGGGUACAAAGGAUCCUGCGACUCCAGCUAAAGGUAUGGGUUUUGGUCUGUUUGGCCCUACACCUACGAGAUCACGUUCGAUGCGACAAUCAAGUUCUACGCCUCGAUCCACUCAGGUCAGAGACUCACGCCGUUCACUUGAUGUGUCCUCGCCGCCUGGCGACAUCGCGAGCAAAGCAGCAAAGUUGAUGGGACUCGGUCCUCGACCAACACUCAGUCGCAGCCAGUCUACACGCGAGAAGCGCAAGUUACGCACUAUCCCGGAUCCCUACGCCAUUGAUCCCGACAACACACCCGACGAUGCUACUCACUCUGCAUCCGUCGACAGGUCUAGCAGUCAUCGCACCAAGAGAUCUAGCCGAAGUGAUCACAAACACGACAAGCGCGAUUCGGCUAUGAUGUCCGGCGGCUUGGGUCCUGCCGUCGAUGAUGGAGGAGAUCCAGUGACAGCACCAGAAGACACUCCGUUUGUGACUCCUUCCCGCCCUACGCUCAGACGCGCAGCAACCACUAGCGCUAGGAAGCCAGCAGGCGGUCUUUUCAGCAACAUCAUCGACUCGCUCAAACCAAAACCUAUAGAGGAUUUUUCACGCCGUCACCGAGAUAGUCAGGUAUAUGACAGCGAAGGUGGUUCUGCACGUCAUCGCAGACAUCGCACACCACACUCUUCACACCGCGACGAGGAUGAUGACUCCAAACGCCAUCUCCGUCGCGAGCACAGACGUGUCCGUCGUUCUGAAGACGUUCCGUCUACUCCACUAGAUGACCACACUCCCACGCCUCCAAUAGACAACACGGAAUCUGAAGACCGCGAACGCAGGCGUGCAGAGCGCAGAGCCAAGCGUGCGGCACUGGAAGCGGCAGAAGAAGAAUUACGUGCACGAGAGAAAGCUUCGAGAAACAGAGAGCAUGAAGUGGCCGAACGCGAUAGACAAGAUCUGGAAGACCAACGGAGACGUCAACGACGAGCAGAACGCCAUGCUUCACGCCGCUCUAGUGCUAUUGAUGUGGAUCGCAAACCGCACCUGCAUCGCUCGUCUACAGCGCCUGUACAAUCCUACUUCGAUGCGCGCGCACCUCAUCGCGAUGCCAAUGGUCGAGACCCUCGUAGUCCUCCCAAAGACAAAACCUCCUCAUGGGUUCACAGUGUAACUUCUUCGCCACCGCUGCCUCCACCGCUCCAACCUACAAUACUGGAUGUGCCUCCCAUUGAUUCAGCUGCCGAUGAUGCUGACCUACACGAUGAUGAAAGCACAGCUCGUGAGCUUCGCCGUCGCCAUCGUAGAGACCGCGAAUCACGAGGCAUCGAAACAGAGGAGGAUCGUAGGAGACGCAAACGCAAGGAGCUGCGUCGACGUGAAGAGGAGCUUGCCUCCCGUGAUCGCGACAGUGAGGCCAGGAGGGACAGGGUAAGCAACAAAGCCUACAACAGCCUUGGAUAUGAUGGCUUCGAGACGCAGAGGACAUGGGACGGAAGAGUUGUUGGCGGUGAAACAAGAGGAGGAGUCAAGGAAGAGAUUGCUAGACGAACUCAGGGAUGGUUCAAGAAAGUCGCUGGGUUGUGA